AUCAAUUCGUCUGCGCAUGCGCCACAGAAAAACUUUUUAUGGGUCGAGCUGUACACUGAGUGCUAACAACAAUCCAGCUGACCACUGGCUGGAGUAAAGCGGACUGUUUAACAAUAGCGGCUAACGGACUAAACCUUUAAAUCUUUUUUCCUUGACACUUUAACUUGCUUUGAGUAGCCGACCAAGAUGAAAAGUUUAUGGACGCCCCCCACUUUGUGAAUUUGGACGCUUGCUUCGAUUUGAUAACAUCCGUUUCAGAGAUGAAACGUCUGAAGAGCAUUUGAAGAUGUUCUUAAAGAUUUCCAGAAUUGAAUACAAAACAUGGUGUAUUAGACUGAUCCCCGUUGGAUUUUUUUUUAUCUGUUACUACUGCUCCCAGUUGUGUCUUCAAAGUAAGCUUCAACCAUCCACCAAGUUUCUAUGUGACAACAUAAUUGCACAAAAGAAGUGGGAGAGACUCAACUUCAACAUUAGCAGAAAAACAGAGCUGUUUCUGAAGCUGAAGGAUUUUUUCUGGAAAGAACACCAGUCAGCACUGUCCCUGCCUUAUGGUAUUAAAGGAAGUGAGUUACUACUCCUGAAAAUUUUGGCCAACUACAAAAUUGGCAAUUAUAGAUUGCCCACAGUCAUAGAGAGUCUAGACUGCAGAACAUGUGUGGUCAUCGGAAAUGGCUUUGCAAUCAAAAACAGCUCCCUGGGGACCACCAUUAACAAAUAUGACAUAGUAAUCAGGAUGAAUGAUGCACCGGUGCGAGGCUAUGAACAAGAUGUUGGGAAUAAGACCACCAUACGGCUUUUCUAUCCUGAGUCAGCAUCCUCCUACCCUGCCAUUCACAAUGAUCCUGACACCCUCAUGGUCCUUGUGCCUUUCAAACAGCAGGACCUGCGCUGGCUCAAAGAAAUUCUGUACAAUGAAAAGAGGGUCAGGGCAGGCUUCUGGAAGCCACCUCCACAGAUCUGGCUUGGCCGAACCAGUCAGCUCCGUAUCCUGGAUCCUUACUUUCUCCACCUCACUGCAAGCAAGCUGCUAGAGAUGCCAUUAGAACCAAAGAAGAAGCAGAAAUGUGUCCAUCCAACCACAGGCAUUCUGGCUGUAUUCUUGGCUCUAAACUACUGUGAUUUGGUCCAUGUGGCUGGCUUUGGAUACCCACCAUCUCAAAACCCAAAACAGCCCAUCCACUACUAUGGCUCUGAAACUAUGAAGUCCAUGAAGGACUCCUAUCAUGAUCUCAACCAUGAGGCACAAGCCUUGAAGAGACUGGAAGAAUUAGGGGCAAUUCUGAGUCUUCAUCAACAUUCCUGACUGGAGAUGCUAAAUUGCCCUAAUGUGUGAAUGUGUGCGUAAAUGUAAAUUUCUGUGCGUCUGACCUGUGAUGGACAAAGAAAUUAAGAAAUAAAAAAAGACAUUUUAUACUUAAUUGACCUGCACUUCACCCAAACAUUACAUAAUUAGCUUUUCAAAGCUGAUAUUUCUGAGAGAGUCUAAUUGGAAAUAAUUGGAAGCCAUUUAUAUCCUAAACUAAUGCUGAAAAUUCACAAACUGGUGUACUGAACUCUAAACCCAGAAGAGCAUAGAAAAGCACUUUGCAGCAAAGUACUGCUGUACAGCUCUAAGCACGUUUCAUAGGUUUGAACCCUGAUCUGUCUCUUUCAGCAACAGUCUCUGUAACACAGUGACAGGAAAAAUUGCAUCUGAGGCUUACACAUCUGAAGCGCUCACUUGCGAAGUUUUACAUAUGAAGUAUUUUGUUUGGCUGCUUGCGCUGUAGUUAAAUAUCCUCUAAACCCAGGCAUACACUGUGAUUUUAGAAAUCUUGGUCUUUGGAAACUUCAUACAUUCGAAUAGACUGCCAUGUAUGGACAAAGCCUACAACUUAUGUAGUCACACUGUAUGAAAACGCUCUGUCCACAAACAGUUUCAGAUAAAGCUGUUUCAUUCAAAAUAAUAUGCUGCACACUAAGUACUGAGCAAACAGAAACUGAGCAGUGCUGCUAACACGGUGCACAGAAACUAAAAGCCAUGGUAGGACAAGACCGUCUCUCUGCAGCCUGUUUUAUAAAAAAAAAAAUCCCCAUAUUAAUGUUUAUACCUCGCUAUUCCAUUCAGUCAAACAGAGUAAAGUCGACAAAUACGAACUUUGGUUGGGAAUAUUGAGUUUUGCCUCUGUUUAGCUGGCCUACAUGUCUCUACCCAUAUUGGGGAAACCGGUUCUGAUUGUGUGUUUCAAAAAUUGGCUAAAAUCACAGUGUAGGUGUGGUGGGAUUAUGCAAAGGUAAAUAGUUUAAAGGGAACAGCAACUUUGUGUCAGCAACACCUCUCUGUGAGCAGAGGCUCCUUCACUGCCAGCUUGAGUCAUUUGUUCAUUAGUGCAGCAGUGUACACUCGGCCUGCGUCACACGGUGUCAGCUGGUAUUGGAAUGUUGGUACUGAAGAAUUUGUAUGGGCACAAGUAUGAGUAAAUGAGCACAGUAUCAGCCUGAUACCAGUAUUGGUAUUGAUGCAUUCCUAGUGGUACGGUAUACCAUAGUAUAGCUAACCAAAUGUUCUCACCUCUGUCUAUCAGGAUUAGAAAAUCCAUGUAAAAAUUAAACAUUACAGUAACAGUCCUGACUCUUCUAUAAUGCUGAAGGGUAUUUUGAGACCAGUAAUCCAUGCAGCAUCUCUCCAGAUCAUUCAGAAUCUUUGGUUCUCACCUGCAGAAUCUCUUCUUCAGCACAGCCCACCAGUUUUAGGUUAGCAGACUGAGAUGACCACAAUAAAAGCAUUGGGGUUUUUAGGUCAGGGGACUGGAAUAGCUACUUUAAAAGCUUAUUCUGUUGUCAGUGAAUACUUUUUAUGUGUAUUUGGAGGUAUGCUUUGGAUAAUUGUCUGGCUAGAAGAUGUAACCAUGACCCUGUCUUAGCCUUUUGGCAGGGACAGCAAAAUUUUUCUCUGUCUCUUGGAAUUUCACAUUUGUCAUGCAUCAAAACAAAAUUUCCUAGGACUUUUGAAAGUAAAACAGCAUUGUUAAAGACCCAACAUCCUUCUUCACUUUGGAAAUUUGCUUUUUUGUGUGUUUUUUUUCUGGUAGUUAUUCAAAAUAGUGUAUUGGCAUGGAAAUGUUGCCUAAGUGUAUUUUUGCAUCUUCUUACCCCAGGAUGCAACCAACUUUUGCUGUUGUCCAUGUGUGAUCUUAAAAUAACUCUCUGAACCAAAAACAAAAGCUUAAACCAUCUUACUUGCUGUGUAUAGGGGAAAAAUGUCCUCUUCCAGGCAUGUCAAUCACAGAAACUUCUGUAAUGUGUUAAUAAUGGAGAUGGGUGGUAUUUUUAUAGCCACUGUCUUAUUUGUAAAGCUUCACAACUUUUUGUUUAACUGUGUAUUGUCUUCACAUGUGGCAUCAUCUCACAUUUAUAAACCAGUGGAACAUGAAACUCAAGUGUGACCACUUAAAAGCUACUCCAGACUCAGAUGUGCUUAAAAAAAGUAAAAUAUGAAUUUGAAUAUAUGUCAUUCAGGAUUGUUGCAAUUAUCUUCUGUAGGACUGAUUCUUUGCCUACAUACUGCACAGCUUUUUUGUUUCCCCAAUAGUUCCCAACUUCUUGGCCUUUCCCUCUCUGGAGAGGCAAGUGUGUAGAAGUAAAUAAAAUAAAUAAACACAAAACACCAAACCUCCACAAACAGAGCUGUGUAAAUACUGUCAAGUUCAAAAAAAGACACACUGCAUCACAAGUUCUCUGAAUUAAGACCUAACACAGCUGCUUUUCAGUGAAGCCUAAUUAUUUACAGUAAAUACAAACACAGCAUGUGACGAAAGGUGUUUACAACUCAUCUAUUCCAUUAAAAAUUGAUGUGUGACAACAGUGGCAGUUAAAAUUCUAGGUCAAAAUUUCUCAUACCUAGGUCUUCAAAAAAUGAAAAUCUCAAAUUUGGUUAUCUAGAAGUUUUAGUGAUACCAAAACCUAGACGUUUUGGUCUUUUUCAGACAGACAAACCAUUGAGGAGCACCCAUACUAGAAAUAAACUAUGCUUUCUACAAACACACAUAUCCACUGCCUGCACCUAGUUUUGUAAAUCAAAUUAGUAACUGUAUUUUCUACAUGUGGUGACCACUUGCUGAAGCUGUCCCAGCUGUCAUCUCAGACUAAAAGAGGUAACAAAUUGUUGGUUUGGUCACUAGAUGGCAGUAUUACCGCAAACUGCCUCCACUCCUUUCCACAUGCUCCUAUGUUUUGAAACUGAUGUGAUCUUGUUUUAAUUCAGAACAAUGGGAUGCCAAUCCCUGAACAGCAGUACCAAAACAUUGUCAUGUUACACACCACAUAUCAGCUUAAUUUAUCACUCUUUGUUAAAAAAAUAAAGCACAAAGAGCAUAAUGAAGCACAACAACGUUUCUAAGCUUGCUCUAGAGAACAUAGGUUAAUUUUAGGCCCCAAAGAUAUGACUGGUAAAAACAAAUUGGUUAAAAGUAAUAGAUGAGUAUGACCAACAUUUACCAUUAGCCUGGGUAUUCUUUCUAGAGCAGCUCAAAAGCCCCUCUGGCUGAACUGCCUGUUGAUAAAAAUUGGAACAAUCCCUUUCUACCAUCAUUGUGUGGCUUGGAAUAUAGCCCUCAUUGAAUACAAAGCCCCUUUACUAUUUGCUUUUCCUGAGGCAGUGAGGUUCCCUGAAUUAGUUGUGAAAAAAGUGUUGCUCUUUUCCAGCUGGAAGUUUCCAUAGUUUCACAAUAAACAUUUUGGAACAACACAGAAGCAGUGGUGACAUCAACAGCUGUGGGCAGCCAAAACAUGUGUGUUUGUGUCAUCUAUGUGUGUUAGAGGUACAGAGGGAAAAAGAGGAAAGCAUCAAAAACAUUUCAUGCAGUUUAAGGAGUCCCAAAAGAUUAUACUGGGCCCAGAGGGGGAAGAGGCUUGGAGCAGCAGCUGCAAUAUUCAGCUCCCUUAGGUCCUGCUCUAAUAUCUCUAGUACACAUGAACACACAUCAUCAUCAUCAUCAUCAUCAUCUCCUUCUUUUUCACAAAUUCUAAAUUCUUCAGCUCUUCUUUAGUUCUUCUCUCCUGCUUUUUCUUUGCUUAUUUUUCGUAUAGUUCUGUUGUUUAUUGUCUAGUAUUCUUUUUGUUAUGAGCCUAAAGGUGUAGACUUUUAGUCAUUUAAUCUAGUUUCCUCCUGCUUUACUACUUGGAAGUUCAGUUUAGCCCAAAUUGCUAGUCAGAGUGAUAUUUGUCACUUAAAUGGGCUAUGGCAGAUCAAAGUCCAGGUUUCUAGAGAGAAUUUAAUAAAGAGAUGGACACAAUAAGCUCUGGAGUCACAGGUUAAGUUUAAGAUAUGAAAUGUAUUCUAGCUAUGCUUCUGAAAAGAUCUUAGAGAGCCAGCAUCUAUAGUAACUAGAUUACAUACGGUUAGUCUUGAGAAUCUGUCCUGAAUGUCAAGUUUUCAGUCAAAUAGUGUCAAUGUCUAUGUUAGGACUACUAUUAUUUAUAUUUCAUUCAACUGUGUAAAAUGAACCAAAUGCAACCCAAACAUUACUUUUUAACAACAGUAAUAUAUUGUAAUAAAGUACAAUUCAAACUAACA